AUGAAUCCAAGUCAAUAUAAAGAGAAUUUUAUGAAACCAUAUGGAUUUACAAAUUUGGAAAAUGUAAUUACAUCAAAAUACUAUGAACCUGUAACACCAUUACAAUUUAAUGAAAGAUUAUACGAUAUGGCUCAAAGCCAUUCCAUUGAUAUGUCUGCAAGUGAUGAUUGUUUUACAUUUGAAAAUUGUAAUGGUACUUCAUUUUAUGAUAGAAUCGAUGAUUGGAAAUGUGAUGAAAAUACUCAAGAGCAUAUUUAUAAAACUUCCACUUCCAAUAACGGAUUAAAAGCAAUCAAUAGAUUAGUAUGUCGUAGUAGUAGUAAAUGUUUAAAUGAUGAUGCUCCUGAUGUUGGUGAUUUUCGUGAUAGAAUUAUGGGAAAGGACAUAAACUACUCUGGAACUGGUAUUGUCUACAACCAAACUUUAUCAACUUGGUUCUACACUAUGGAUUUCACCCUAACUUCAUGCACUCCACAAAAUGACCUUGCAUCUGGUGAUAAAUCAAUAAUCUCUGCCAGCCAUACUUUUAAAUAUGGUGAUCUAAAUUCCACAUCAAGUUCCUCAUCACCAUUUUACCAACAACCACAACAACAGCAAUUACCAAUUACAUUUAUUGCAAAUUAUUUUAAUUCAAGUAAUUCACUUGAUGGUUUAUAUUUAUAUGUAAUUAGUAAAAAUAGUAAUUUAAAAGUUAUGUUAAAUAAAUUAUAUUCAAGUGAUAAUGGUAAAUCAUCAAAUGGAGUUUACUCAAUAACUUUAAAUGAAAAUUCUUAUCGUUCAUGUGAUUAUUAUUAUUUUCAAGCAAUUACUAUAUCAGGUAAAAUUCAAAGAUACCCAACAAAAGGAUUUUUAAAGAUUGUAGAUUAUAAACAAUCUUGUGAUGGUGCUUGGUCUGAAACUUCUACAACUUUUUCACCAUCAUUACCAUCUUUACCUCAAUCUCAUUUUUAUAACUUUUUUCCAAACUUUAUAAAUAAUCUUGAAUCAAAUAAGGAAGUUGAAAUCAAUAAUGAUAAAAGUAUAAAUCAUAAUUAUUAUAUUACCAGUAACACUACAUUUUUAAAUAUUUCUACAUUUUUAAUAAUUAUUUUAAUUAGUUUUAUUUUAUUAUUGAUUUAA